GGUGCUAAAGCACUGAGAACCAUUUCCGCUUCCGGUCACCGUCCAUCACUGUGCUGUUGUUCGGGAUUAAUAAGCUGCCUGUUACCCGUUUACCUGCACUCCGUGUUAGGAUGACCUCCGACAAGAAGCCACCGGUAGAUCUGGGGCUGCUGGAGGAAGAUGACGAGUUUGAGGAGUUCCCAGCUGAGGAUUGGACUGGUUCAGAAGAGGAUGAGGAUGCACACAUUUGGGAAGAUAAUUGGGAUGACGACAAUGUAGAAGAUGAUUUUUCUAAUCAGUUAAGAGCUGAGCUUGAAAAACACGGAUGCAAAAUGGAGACCUCGUAGUUCAACAUUAUAUGGGAAAUAAUUAAUAAUGCUUCUCGUUGACUUUUUUUUUCUUUUUUAAAAGAUUCUGUACAUUGAUGCUUUUCAUCUGUUGUAGCUAUAAUAAAUUCCUUUAUUAAAAUGA